UCGGGGCAGCUGAGAAACAAGUGAUCAUCUCACGUGGAACUGGUAAACGGGUUGCUGUUUCGAGCUUGCCCGCACUCGAACGAGCAUUAUUUCCAUCGAGAAAACGUCUAUAUCUGCUAUUUGCAUAGGUAGCAAUACACGCUCGUCAAGCUGUCACUGCAAAUGCAAAUCUCCCAAAGAGCAAUGACAGAUAAUAUAUAGGGCCUAGGUGCCUGUAAAGAGGUCCGAGUGCAGCCGGCUCCGCAUCGCAUCAUCAUUUCCGCCAAAUACCUGAACUCCACCCACCAACCUUAUUUUUCCCUUUUGCGUUCAAGCAGAAGAAUCAUAAGCUUUUUGCCGCCCGCCCAACCGUACUGAUCAGAACCUCCAACUCCCUUUCCUCUUACACGGUCAGGCCUGAUGCUUGCAAGGCAAGUCGAGGUUGCACGGGGGUCAAGAUGCAUCCCGACGUCGACGAUUAUGGACUUGAUCCAAUAUCUACCAUUGUUGUGGGUAGUGUGAUGUUUUUGCUCACGGGCAUUGCGCUGUCUUUGAGAGUCUACGUACGAGGCUUCCUCAUCAAGUCUUUCGGCUGGGACGACAGGCUGCUCUGUUUUGCCUUUUUUCUGUAUACCGGCAAUUGCAUCAUUCUCAUCUUGAUGGGAGCAACACAAGCCGUCGAUGGAAUUGAAGCGAGCUCUGCGGCACGACAGCUUGCAAAGCUCUCAAUCUCUGGCAUCACAGUCUGGAACGUGACCGAGAUAUUUAUCAAAUUCUCUGCCGCCUUGUUCUUUUAUCGAAUUGUUCAGGAGACAUGGCAAAAGCGUACUAUACUGAUCUCCAUCACUGUUUACAUUGCUGUCAUGACGACAGUCAUCUUUCUGACAAUCUUUCAAUGCGGCGUCCCAUCCAACAUCUUCAUACACGAAAAUUGCCUCGACUGGGACUCGGUCAUGGGACCUAUCAGCUACUUUAGCGGAGCUUUGACAGCAGCGACGGACUGGAUCUUCGUACUCACCACCGUGAGCCUUGUUUUGAAGACCAGGAUGCCCCCACGAGCAAAGAUAUCUGUCUGCUUUCUUCUCUCAUUGGCCGCUUUGGGCAGUAUUGUGUCCAUUGUACGCAUCCCAUUCAUUCGUGGCGGCAGAUACCAGCUCAACACAGCGGCAAAGCUUCCACGGGUGGUAAUCCUCGCAGCUAUAGAAGCAGGUAUUGGCAUUAUUGCCCUCUCACUGGCGACACUGCGACCUCUGGUAAAGACCUGGAUGGAUGCACUCAGCAGCAAAGCCUCUUCAGGAAGUGAGGAUGUCGAACGCCAGGUUGCCGCGUACCGAGGUGUGCCAGCCGUGGUCGUCGCAGGACCUUCUGAACACGAGGAGUACGAGAUAAUCGAUAUUGAGAUGGCACGACCCAAAGACAGGCGUGCAGAUUCACAUUGGGAUGGGCCCGUGAUUGCGACUAUCACGAUGCCUUCGGAACUCUCUGGACGUUAUGGUGUUCUGGACAGCGUCUAUUCAGCCGACAAGCACGAGAGAUGAAACACGGUGCCUUGCACGACAGCUGCAAACUUAUAUACACUGGAGAUCCACUCCGUAUGACAGCCAUUAAUGAGGCCUCAUCGAGCUACGAGCUCAAACUACGCGACGCCUUACUCGCCACCAUCAGGACCCAACAACCAACUGGGGUUCGUCUGCAACACAACAUUCCUUCCAUGGUCAUAAUUGCCAGCAACCAACUUGUUCAGCCAAGUACCCAAUCUUAAGAUGGCCUUGCUCAUCUGCACCUCUACAAUGGGAUAAGCACCAGUGGCGUACCCACUGGUAGCCAGAUUGGUGCCGUUAAAAGCUUGCGAGUAGACGUAAUCGCAGGUCAAGGCAUUACUAUCGCGAGCCCAGCUGAGAGCACAUUCCAGUGGUGUGGAAGGAUCGCUACAAGCAAUCCACUCUGCAGUGGGAAUGGAAAAGUCGUCUUUGUGGAUGCGAGAGACGAGAUCCUUGAAGAAGGGUUGAAUGG